AUAACGUCACAGCAGAGGCCAGAGGGGAAAUAAAAAGAGUAGUUUCUGAAAAAACAAAAAAGAAGAAGUAGAGUUUCGCAAAACGUCAAAAACUUAAAAAUCUCCAAAUUGAGUUUGAAGCUAAAGCCCUAAGACGAUCUUUGCCCAAAAAAAAAAAAAAAAAAAGCCCUAAGACGAUAUCUCUCGACCUUCUGUUCUCUCCGCCGUCUGCACCGCCGUGAUCGACCUUCUCCGGCGCCCACUCAGCUUUCUCCGUGCUUAGCCGACGUAAUUUUUCACCACUACGUACGUCUCUCGUGAUCUCCUUGAAAAAUCGAACCCUGGUUUUUGAUUUCUCUCUCUCUCUCUCCCUUCUCUUAUCAUGGUCGACUGGUUCUCAAAAGUCUGAUGAUUGGUUGUGAUUAGUUCCGAUUACUUAUUAGUAUAAGUAGAUCGUUGCCUUAUUGGAUCAUCGAAGCUCCUGUUUUGAUUUCCCACUGAAAAAUCGAUACUUGGGCAUGCAAAUACUUGUUUACUUGAAACAAUGUUACUUGUGUUCUUUUAGACUGAAAGACGAGGACAUGGAAACGAGAAUAGAACUGAAGAAGAAAAUUUCCGAGAUUUUCAAAGACUUUAUGACAGUAAUCACGCAGCUUGAAGAACUAGGGAAUGCUGCAAACAACUUUCUUCUACGGUUUCAGCAAGGACUAAGUUUUCUUCAACGCCCUCCAAUAGUUACUUCGUCCAAGUUGAUUGAGAACAUUAUCAAGAAGAAUGAAACAAGGCGGCUUAAAUCAUAUAUCGAGGCAGGAUGUAUUAAUAUCCAUGAUGCUGCACAAAGCACAAGAGCUUUGCAUACAUCUCUAUCAGGACUUUCUGACCACCUAAUCAAAGCCAAAAACUUGUUGAUUGAGCUGGAACGUCUCACUGAUGAGGCCGCCCUUGCAAUUGAGUCUGCCACACAGCUAGAUAAAGACUCAAGUGAUGGAUUGCAACAAGUAACAUGUGAUGAGGAGAACGAGACUGUACAAUUACCUCAAGGACCUGAAGUUACAGAGUACGCUGCACUUAUUGCAGUUAUUUACAGUAUGAUGAAGCAGAACUAUGUUAUGCAGGAUAAGAUUGUGAGAUCGCUUAGUUUGAAGUCAUCAUCUGGUGAGCUAGAGACUUACAGUCUGAUGUGGUCAUUGCGCCCGUUUGUAGAAGAUGAGAUUGUGAACAGAGCAUGGAAAUGGAUAUACUAAAAAUACUAUUUUCAUCCAAUUUUGUUUGAUAAAAAGUGUAUUUCCAUUAGUUUUUAUCUCAUAAGGAAACGAGUGUUAAGCUAAAAAAAAAUAUCAUAAUUACAAUGAGAUUACGAGUUCUUACUUA